AUAAUGAUGAAAUAUUGUCAGUGUCACCAGUAACAGUAAUCAAAAUUGCGUAGGCGUAUAGUUUAGAUACUAUAUGGACAUUCAAUACAAAUAAAUUAUUAGUUAUUAUCGGUACAUUUCUUGUAUCAGCAUUUUGUGUGAUACCAGAUGGAACAACACUUUUUUUUCUUGGCGUGAAUAUUUCGCAUCCGGAAGUUUCGUUUUCAGUCUGAGAUCUACAUUUCAGCAGCGCUCUCCAGAUCUUAAUGCUUUUUCGCGUUGACGGUGGUAGUAGGUUAGUUUACUGGAUCAGUUCACUCUGCACUCUUUAAUCCUUGGCUCCUUUUUAACCAACGGCAUGGCGGAACCACCUUAUAAAGACUAAAUAGUCUUGAUCAGGCGGAGAAUCAAAUUUCGUGGAAGCCAAAAUUUGGAAACUGAAAAAAGUUAGUAGAAACAGGGGGCAAGAUGGGCUGCAUGAAAUCCAAGGAGCCACUGGAACAUGAGAAGAAAAGCAAAGAUCCAGAUGGAAAUGCAAGCAAAGCCAACACACAGUCCCCUCACUAUGUGGAGGACCCAACAUCUCAUAGGAAACCCAGCGCUCCCACUGGAGACGACGGAGGGACUGCAGUCAUUGCUUUGUAUGACUAUGAGCCAAUCCAUGAUGGAGACCUGGGAUUCAAGAAGGGAGACAAGCUGAAAAUUCUGGAAGAGUCAGGCGAGUGGUGGAUGGCCAAGUUGAUUACCUCAGGAAAAGAGGGCUUCAUUCCCUGUAACUAUGUGGCCAAAGACAGCUUGCAGACUGAAGAUUGGUUUUUCAAAGGACUGAGCCGGAAAGAUGCGGAACGCCAGCUGUUGGUGACGGACAAUCCCGUCGGUGCCUUCUUGAUCCGAGAUAGUGAGACCACCAAAGGCAGCUACUCGUUGUCGGUAAAAGACUACGAUGCCCAGUCUGGGAACUCCGUCAAGCAUUACAAAAUCCGCACCCUGGACAAUGGUGGCUUCUACAUCUCUCCUCGGAUCACAUUUGCUACCUUGCAGGACUUGGUCACCCACUACAAAAAACAAGGUGAUGGACUCUGCCAGCCCCUCAAAAGCGCCUGCAUAAGCUUGAAGCCUGAGAAGCCCUGGGAGAAGGAUGCCUGGGAAGUCCCCCGCGAAUCCCUGAAGCUGGACAAGCGGCUGGGUGCCGGCCAGUUUGGGGAAGUCUGGAUGGCUACCUACAACCAGCACACCAAGGUUGCUGUGAAGACCAUGAAGCCGGGAAGUAUGUCCCUAGAGGCCUUCAUGGCUGAGGCCAACCUGAUGAAGACUCUGCAGCAUGACAAGCUGGUGCGACUGAAUGCUGUGGUGACCAAGGAGGAGCCCAUCUAUAUCAUCACAGAGUUCAUGGAAAAAGGAAGCUUAUUGGAUUUCCUGAAGAGCAGCGAGGGGAACGCUGUUCAGCUUCCAAAGCUCAUCGACUUCACAGCCCAGAUUGCAGAGGGCAUGGCUUACAUCGAAAGGAGGAAUUACAUCCACAGGGACCUGCGUGCUGCCAACAUCCUGGUCAACAAGGCUCUGGUCUGCAAGAUUGCAGACUUUGGUCUUGCGCGUAUCAUUGAGGACAACGAGUACACUGCCCAGGAGGGUGCCAAGUUCCCCAUCAAAUGGACUGCCCCCGAGGCCAUUAACUUCGGCACCUUCACCAUCAAGUCCGAUGUCUGGUCCUUUGGAAUCCUGCUGACUGAAAUCAUCACCUAUGGCCGCACACCAUAUCCAGGAAUGUCAAACCCGGAGGUCAUCCGUCUCCUGGAAAAGGGCUAUCGCAUGCCACGUACAGACAGCUGCCCUCCAGAGCUGUAUGACAUCAUGAUGCUGUGCUGGAAGAACAAAGCCGAAGACAGACCCACCUUCGAGUAUCUGCAGAGCGUGCUGGAGGACUUCUACACGGCCACGGAGAGCCAGUACCAGCAGCAACCUUGAGAUACACACACACAUUCUCACGUGAACACUGCUAAUGUACAGGCAUACACACAUCCACAUAUAACCAACUUUAACUCAUACCCAGACAGGCAAGGUAUGUGUACAUACAGUUGAUAUCAGUCUUUAAAGUCGCCUGUCAUUAUACCUGAAACACCAGGUGAACAGGGUUGCCAACUUCGGUCAGCUGGCUGCCAUGAUAUUUUCAAUUCGAGACAAAUCUACAUGCAGAUUUACAUAUAUGUAAAUGUUUUAUUACUUUGUACAUAGUUUUGUAGGUUUUGCAAACUGCCCCUAAUGCUUUGGAUGUAGCUAAUUUUAGAUUUAUAAUGGAAUAAAGUUCACAAAAAUAGUGGAGAUCACAAAAGUGAUUUUGCUGUUAAACAACUCAUCCAUCCUGCGAUUGGUUGGCGCUUCAUCCUGGGUUUUUCCUUGCCUUGUGCUCAUAGGCUCCGGUAUGGGCUCCGGACCCCCCACAACCCUGAAUAGGAUAAGUUGUUACAGAAAAAGGAUGGAUGGGACAAUUAAUAUUCAUCCAAUAAUAAUAAUAAUACAAUAAUAUUGCUGGAGGGUUACACUCUUUCAAAGAUGGAUGGAUGGAUGGAUGGAUGGAUAUUACUUGAUUUAUUUAAAUUCAUAACCAAUUUCAAAGUGUAUGACAGCAGACAUUCUUCUGAAGAAUUGACCAUUCUUUCCCUUAUAUAUUCAAAUUCUUAAAUGUUGGUCGGCUGGUAUUUCAAUGUCUAAAGACAUUGCCAUGUAUUACCAUGUAAAAAAUUGCAGCUCAUACACAGUACAGAAUCUUGGUGGAUUGUGCCUCAUCAAACAGCCAAACGAUUUUCUUUUGAGCCACACGUAGGAAAAUCCGUCAAACUAGUCUAACGGUAACCUUUCAGCUCCCUUCAUUUUCCCUGUGUGCCAAAAGAGGGCGAUAUAUACGAAGUACAUCACCAGCACGCAUGUCUCCGGAUUGAACUUUAUUGUGAUGCGGAGUGUUAGAACCGAAUCUAUCUAAAAUUAAACUAUAAAUAAAGCAGUGUCACUUUGUUUUAUAUAGUAACUAACAUAUAAUGAAGUCUUAUGUAUUUUGGAGUUGUUGCAUGUCUUGUAGAUAUUGUCUUUGUCCUGUUAUAUUUUUUGUCUAUUCAUUGCACAUUGGCUGGAAACAAAUUUUCGAUAUUUGUGGAAACGUUGUUCAAGUGUAUGGACAGAGUGUUUCAAUAGACGUGUAACAAAUUCAUUUCGGAGAUAAGUAAAAUAAUGAAAAAUGAUAUAAUAAUAUUUUUGAAACAGUUUAUAAAGAUUAAAGGUAAAACUGACUUAUUAUUUGGUUGGGAUAAUUUGCACAUUUUUACAUUUAAUAUUUCAUUGUCACAUUUAUGUAUUUAUUGAAUAGCAAGAAUAGAUGUGUGAUUUUGGUAUUGACAUAGAAUAACAUAUUAAAGUUUUUAACUGCAGUUUGAACUCCCAAUAAUUAAUGUACCAGUUAAUCUUCCGAUUUUAGUUUGCAGAAGUCUUCGUGUUGUGCUUUGCAACUGGAUGUAAUCUUAAAAUAAACUUUCACCAAUGUCGGCGUAA